CUUUUGCAAGGAAUGGGCAGAAAUGGAUUUGUGGGCGUAGAUAUGACACUUGGAAUAUUCACACUCCAUCACAAAUCCCCGCCUUGGAGUGCAUUAUCUGACACACACACACACCCAAUCCGAUCCAAAUACCCCCCCCCCCCCCCUUGACCCCCUCACUUCCACUCUCUUCUUCGCCCGUUGCCAAAACAUGCCAAUAUUCAGUACUGCGACGCUAGGAUCGGUCUCGGGCAUUUCCUUUCCCUCGCACAUCUUCACCAGCGAUGCCUCUUACACUUCUCCUCUUCAAUUCCCUUCUCUCGUUAACCAUUCCCACAAGUCUCCCACCAGAAGAAACUCUUUCCACACUGCCAAAGUCUCCGUCUCUGGCAACGCCAACACCGAAGUUUCCGAGCUAGCCCCCGCUACCCAACUUCCCGAUGACUCGUCUGCCUCACCGGAGACAGUUCGACAAGCUCGGAUAUCUUCUGAUUGGGAGGCUGCAAGGGCUUAUAAUGGUAGUGGAUUCAUCUACGAGGGCAGGAUUGAAGGUUAUAAUGGUGGAGGCUUGCUGGUCCGGUUUUAUUCUCUUGUAGGUUUUCUGCCGUUCUCACAGUUGAGUCCAUCACAUUCUUGUAAAGAAUCACGCAAAAGCAUCCAUGAGAUUGCUAAGGAUUUAACAGGUUCAGAUAUUUCUGUGAAGGUAAUCCAAGCAGAUGAGGAGAACAAGAAGUUGAUACUCUCUGAAAAGGAAGCUGUCUGGUCAAAAUUUUCUGAACAAGUUAAUGUAGGGGAUAUUUUUGAAGCAAGAGUGGGUUCUGUUGAGGACUAUGGUGCCUUUAUCCAUUUACGUUUCCCUGAUGGUUUUUAUCAUCUCACUGGACUGGUGCAUGUCUCAGAGGUUUCAUGGGAUUUAGUUCAGGAUGUAAGAGACAUCCUAACUGAAGGUGAUGGAGUUAGGGUGAAAGUUACAAGUGUUGAUAGGGAAAAGUCAAGGAUUACCCUGUCAAUCAAGCAGUUGGAGGAAGAUCCACUCCUAGAAACGUUGGACAAGGUUAUACCUCAGGAUGCCUCUGCUGUUCCUGAUUCUUUGAGCAAUAGCAACAUCAGUACCAUUGAACCACUUCCAGGUCUUGAAGCAAUAUUUGAAGAGCUCCUACAGGAAGAUGGUAUAGAUGAUGUAAGAAUCUGUAGACAAGGGUUUGAGAAACGGGUGGUUUCACAAGAUCUGCAGCUUUGGCUUUCAAAUGCACCACCUACUAACCAGAAAUUCACUCUCCUUGCCCGUGCUGGAAGGCAGGUGCAGGAAAUACAUCUGACAACGUCGCUUGAUCAGGAAGGUAUCAAAAAGGCAUUGCAGCGAGCAUUAGAACGUGUCCCAUAAUUUAGUCAGUGUUCCAUUCGGUGAUUAUCCAAUGAUUGUGGCUCUUCUGUACAGAAGUUAUUGUCAAUGAGUAAUGCUACACUUCACACUCAUUCUAUAAUACUACUUCACACCGGUUGAUGUGGCAUGAGCUGAACGGAGGUUGAAAGUUUUUUGUUUUUAAGUGGCCAUUCAAUUCAUGCCACAUUAGCCAAUGCGAAGGGGGUGUGAUAAAAUGGGUCUGAAGAAAAGAUUUAUUCAUUGUGAAUUUAGAAUCUGGCCAUUGUGAGCUGUAUAUAUUCCUACAGGUGUUAAAUUUUCAACUAAACUUUAAUAUUUGAUUGCACAUCGAGAAUGCAUUGAUAGUUCAACUUCUA